AUGUGGGUAUCAUGGGCUCCUGGCCUGUGGCUGCUGGGUCUCUGGGCUACCUUCAGCCAUGGGACAAAUACAGGUGAGCGGUGCCCACCUUCACAGCAAGAAGGACUUAAGUUAGAGCAUCGCAGUGACCUAUCAACCAACGUGACUGGCUUCAACCUCAUCCGCCGACUCAGCCUCAUGAAGACGUCCACCAUCAAGAAGAUCCGCAAUCCCAAGGGGCCACUCAUCCUGCGGCUGGGGGCGGCCCCAGUAACCCAGCCCACUCGACGAGUGUUCCCACGGGGCCUUCCUGAGGAGUUUGCCCUGGUGCUCACACUCCUGCUGAAGAAGAACACCUACCAGAACACGUGGUACUUGUUCCAAGUGACCGAUGGAGAUGGGUACCCACAGAUUUCCCUGGAAGUCAACAGUCAAGAACGGAGUCUGGAGCUCCGGGCACAGGGCCAAGAUGGCGACUUUGUGUCCUGCAUCUUCCCAGUGCCCCAGCUCUUCGACCUGCGUUGGCACAAGUUGAUGCUGAGUGUGGCUGGACGCGUAGCCUCCGUGCAUGUGGACUGCAUCUCAGCCUCCUCCCAGCCCCUGGGGCCCCGGCGACCCACGCAGCCUGUGGGCCAUGUAUUUCUGGGCUUGGAUGCUGAGCAGGGCAAACCUGUCUCGUUUGACCUUCAGCAGGCACACAUCUACUGUGACCCGGAGCUCGUGCUGGAAGAAGGCUGCUGUGAGAUCUUACCGGGUGGGUGCCCCCCAGAGACCUCCAAGGCCCGCCGGGACACUCAGAGUAAUGAGCUCAUCGAGAUCAAUCCACAGACAGAGGGCAAGGUCUACACCCGCUGCUUCUGCCUGGAGGAGCCACAGAACAGCAAGGUGGAUGCGCAACUGACAGGAAGAAGCAGCCAGAAGGCAGAGAGGGGAACACAGGUCCAGAGAGAGGCAGCAGCUGAUGAGUGCCCACCCUGUGCCCACGGUGCCCAGGAGAGCAAUGUCACACUUGGUUCCUCAGGUCCAAAGGGAGGGAAAGGUGAGCGAGGGCUUCCUGGUCCAUCAGGCCCCAAGGGAGAGAAGGGAGCACGGGGCAAUGACUGUGUUCGAAUCUCCCCGGAUGCCCCACUUCAGUGUGCAGAAGGCCUGAAAGGAGAGAAAGGAGAGUCAGGAGCCUUGGGACCCUCAGGACUCCCAGGCUCAACAGGCCAGAAGGGCCAGAAAGGCGAGAAGGGUGAUGGAGGCCUGAAGGGCUUGCCAGGAAAGCCAGGCCGAGAUGGCCGGCCAGGAGAGAUCUGUGUUAUUGGGCCCAAGGGACAGAAAGGAGAUCCUGGCUUUGUUGGGCCUGAGGGGUUGGCAGGAGAGCCUGGGCCCCCUGGCUUCCCUGGACCCCCUGGGAUAGGACUGCCUGGGACCCCGGGAGAUCCAGGUGGCCCGCAAGGCCCUAAGGGAGACAAGGGCAGCUCUGGGACACCAGGAAAGGAAGGCCCUGGUGGGAAGCCUGGAAAGCCAGGGGUGAAGGGAGAGAAGGGUGACCCCUGUGAAGUGUGCCCAACACUGUCUGAAGGGUUCCAGAACUUCGUGGGGCUCCCUGGAAAGCCAGGGCCCAAGGGGGAACCAGGUGAUCCUGCACCAGCCAGGGAGGGCCUGGGAACUGUUGAACUCAAAGGUGAUCGGGGAGAUCCCGGCAUCCAAGGCAUCAAGGGAGAAAAGGGGGAACCCUGCUCAUCCUGCAGCUCACUUGUAGGGGCCCAGCAUCUUGGGCCUUCAGGGUCCAAUGAAGAUGUGGGAUCUCCUGGUGCCAGUUUACUUGGCCUUCUGGGGAAAGCUGGAGCGCCAGGGCCAAGAGGGCUGAAAGGAGAAAAGGGUAAUUUCGGGGAGGCAGGUCCAGCUGGCAGUCCAGGGCCACCAGGGCCAGUGGGACCAGCAGGCAUCAAAGGGACAAAGGGAGAGCCUUGUGAGCCAUGCUCAACCUUGUCCAAGCCUCAGGAUGGGGAUGACCAUAUGGUACACUUGCCUGGCCCAGCUGGAGAGAAGGGGGAGCCUGGGCCUCCAGGCUUUGGCCUGCCAGGAAAGCAGGGCAAGGCUGGAGAGCGUGGACUGAAGGGGCAGAAGGGUGAUGCUGGGAAUCCUGGGGACCCAGGAACACCAGGCACCAUGGGGCAGCCUGGACUAUCAGGACAGCCUGGGGUUCGGGGCCCUGUGGGGCCAAAAGGAGAAAAGGGUGAUGGCUGCACCGCCUGCCCUAGCUUGCAGGGGGCGCUGACUGACGUAGCUGGACUGCCUGGGAAGCCAGGCCCCAAAGGAGAGCAGGGCCCUGAAGGUGUCGGCAGGCCUGGUAAACCGGGCCAGCCUGGUCUACCAGGAGUUCAGGGGCCCCCAGGACUAAAGGGCACACAGGGAGAGCCAGGGCCUCCAGGAAUUGGUGCUGAGGGGCCCCAGGGGGAGCCUGGAGCCCAAGGUUUGCCUGGCACUCAGGGACUUCCAGGACCUCGGGGACCACCUGGCCCCACGGGAGAAAAGGGUGCCCAGGGACCUCCAGGGGUGAAAGGAACCAUUGGGCCCAUGGGACCUCCUGGUGCCAGCAUCUCUGGGCCUCCGGGCCAAGAUGGGCAGCAAGGACAGACUGGACUUCCAGGAGCCAGGGGGACACCAGGGGAAAAGGGAUCUCAGGGAGAGAAGGGUGAGCCAGGAGAGUGCUCCUGCCCGUCUCGGGGAGACCCCAUCUUCUCUGGCAUGCCGGGUGCUCCGGGACUUUGGAUGGGCAGCUCCUGGCAGCCGGGCCCGCAGGGUCCCCCAGGUGUUCCUGGACCGCCAGGCCCCCCCGGAAUGCCUGGGCUGCAGGGAGUACCUGGAAACAAUGGUUUGCCAGGACAGCCUGGGCUCACUGCAGAACUGGGCUCCUUACCCAUUGAGCAGCACCUUCUUAAGAGCAUCUGCGGGGACUGUGCCCCGGGCCAGACAGCCCAUUCAGCAUCCCUCCUGGUGAAGGGAGAGAAGGGAGACCAGGGUAUUCCCGGUGUGCCAGGCCUCGACUACUGUGCCCGGUGCUUCUCAGAGCGUGAGCGUCCAAGAGCAGAGGAGGCCAGAGGAGACAAUGGCGAGGGAGAUCCUGGCUGUGCUGGUAGCCCCGGCCUGCCUGGUCCUCCAGGGCUGCCAGGCCAGAGAGGAGAAGAGGGUCCACCUGGCAUGAGGGGUUCCCCAGGUCCUCCAGGCCCUAUUGGCCCCCCAGGUUUUCCUGGUGCCGUUGGCUCCCCCGGAUUGCCUGGCCUCCAAGGAGAGAGGGGCCUCACGGGCCUGACAGGAGACAAAGGGGAACCGGGUCCCCCAGGACAACCUGGCUAUCCAGGUGCCAUGGGACCCCCAGGACUGCCUGGCAUCAAGGGGGAGCGUGGCUACACCGGGCCCUCAGGAGAGAAAGGGGAGUCGGGCCCACCGGGAUCUGAAGGCCUCCCGGGUCCCCCAGGCCCAGUGGGUCCCCGAGGAGAGCGAGGACCCCAAGGGACCUCAGGCGAGAAGGGCGACCAGGGAUUUCAAGGCCAGCCAGGCUUUCCAGGCCCUCCGGGUCCCCCUGGAUUCCCGGGCAAAGCUGGAGCACCUGGCCCACCUGGCCCUCAAGCAGAGAAGGGCAGUGAAGGGAUUCGAGGCCCAUCAGGCUUGCCUGGUUCCCCUGGGCCCCCAGGACCUCCUGGGAUUCAGGGCCCCGCUGGGCUGGAUGGACUGGACGGGAAGGAUGGCAAGCCUGGCCUGAGGGGGGACCCCGGUCCUCCUGGCCCUCCUGGACUCAUGGGACCCCCAGGUUUCAAGGGGAAAACAGGACAUCCUGGUCUCCCCGGACCUAAGGGUGACUGUGGCAAACCAGGUCCUCCUGGCAGCAGUGGCCGGCCAGGUGCAGAGGGUGAGCCUGGUGCCAUGGGACCCCAGGGACGACCUGGCCCCCCCGGCCAUGUUGGGCCACCAGGGCCUCCAGGCCAGCCAGGUCCAGCUGGGAUCUCUGCAGUGGGCCUGAAAGGAGACCGAGGAGCCACUGGAGAAAGGGGCCUGGCAGGCCUACCAGGCCAGCCUGGUGCACCUGGACACCCUGGCCCCCCGGGGGAACCUGGUGUGGAUGGUGCAACUGGCAAAGAGGGACCCCCUGGAAAACAGGGACUCUAUGGACCUCCUGGUCCAAAGGGUGAUCCAGGACCUGCAGGACAGAAGGGCCAGGCAGGAGAGAAGGGGAGAUCCGGCAUGCCUGGUGGGCCUGGCAAGAGUGGUUCCAUGGGGCCUGUUGGGCCACCAGGUCCUGCAGGAGAGAGAGGCCAUCCUGGGUCUCCAGGGCCUGCAGGGAGCCCUGGAUUGCCCGGUGUGCCUGGCUCCAUGGGAGACCUGGUGAAUUAUGAUGAAAUCAAGAGGUUUAUCAGACAAGAGAUCAUUAAAAUGUUUGAUGAGAGAAUGGCUUACUACACCUCUAGGAUGCAGUUUCCUAUGGAAGUGGCAGCAGCUCCUGGCCGACCAGGGCCUCCAGGGAAGGAUGGUGCUCCAGGCAGGCCAGGCGCUCCAGGGUCACCUGGGCUCCCUGGUCAGAUCGGCAGAGAAGGACGGCAAGGGUUGCCAGGAAUGAGAGGAUUGCCUGGUACCAAAGGUGAAAAAGGAGACACUGGUAUUGGCAUUGCAGGAGAAAAUGGUCUCCCCGGCCCCCCAGGUCCUCAAGGGCCCCCAGGAUACGGCAAGAUGGGUGCAACAGGGCCAAUGGGCCAGCAAGGCAUUCCUGGCAUUCCUGGCCCUCCAGGUCCUGCAGGUCAGCCAGGCAAGGCUGGCCAUUGCAACCCCUCGGACUGCUUUGGAACCAUGCCAAUGGAGGAACAGUAUCCUCCCAUGAGGAGCGUGAAGGGGCCUUUUGGCUGAAAUGACUCCCU